AUGGCUGCCGUCGGGCUCAAUCUUUUAUUUCUCUUAGCUCUAAUAGCCACCUCAUGCACGGCGCAGCCUCCAGCCGGAGCACCCACCGUCUCCCCAACCGCCACGCCGACGCUGGCACCGGCGACGCCGCCAACCGCCACCCCACCACCGUCACCAGCGCCGUCGUCCGCUGUCCCCACCCCAGUUCCGGCAGCCGCACCCACCCCGGGAUCCGCCGCCUCCCCCGCCCCGUCGGGAACAACCCCCGCCGCCGCUCCCGGCCCAGGGACCACCGCGCCGGCCUCGCCGUCCCCCGCCGCCCUCAGCCCUGGCCCCGCCGCCGAUAAUACUCCGGCCGACAGAUCCAACGACGGCUUUGUUAGCAGGGCCGCUAUCGGCGGCACCGCUUUCACGGCUGCGCUCGUGGCGGUGGCAUUGAUGUAG